CUAACCGGGCGGGGCGGGCCCCGGCGCUGGAGCCGGCUGGACCGCAGCGAGGCGGCUGUCGGGGCGGCGGAGGAUGGAGGCGGUGGUGUUCGUGUUCUCGCUCCUCGACUGCUGCGUGCUCAUCUUUCUCUCAGUGUACUUCAUAAUUACACUGUCUGAUUUAGAAUGUGAUUACAUUAAUGCUAGAUCUUGUUGCUCGAAAUUAAACAAGUGGGUAAUUCCAGAGUUAAUUGGUCAUACCAUUGUUACUGUAUUAAUGCUCAUUUCAUUGCACUGGUUCAUCUUCCUUCUCAACUUGCCUGUUGCCACUUGGAAUAUUUAUCGGUUCAUCAUGGUGCCUAGUGGUAACAUGGGAGUGUUUGAUCCAACAGAAAUACAUAAUCGAGGGCAGCUAAAGUCACACAUGAAAGAAGCCAUGAUCAAGCUUGGUUUCCAUUUGCUUUGUUUUUUCAUGUAUCUUUAUAGUAUGAUUUUAGCUUUGAUAAAUGACUGACGCUGGAGAAGCCGUGGUUGAUGUCAGCCUACACUACAGUGCACAGUUGAGGAGCCAGAGAACUACUAAAUCAUCCUUAGAACCGUGACCAUAGCAGUAUAUUUUCCUCUUUGAACAAAAAGUAUUUUUGCUGUAUUUUUACCAUAUAAAGUAUUUAAAAAACAUGAA